AGCAUAGUGAGAAGACCCAUAUUUUUUUCCUUUUCUGUUUCUUGGUUCUUUUUUCCUUCUCUAAUGGAGUGGAUUAGAGGACCAGCCAUAGGCCGAGGCUCCACCGCCACCGUUUCUCUGGCCACCGUGAUCUCUUCCGGCGAGCUUUUUGCUGUUAAGUCGACCGAGUUAUGUCGCUCUAAGUUGUUACAACGAGAGAAUUAUCUCUUGUCCAAAUUAAGUUGCCCCCACAUUGUUAAAUACAUAGGGCACGGUGUUACGAAUGAAGUGAACGACGAGCCUACGUACAAUCUAUGCAUGGAGUACGUCGCCGGCGGCACGCUUUCUGAUGAAAUCCAAAGGGUUGGAGGGAGAUUGGGCGAAGAGAAAGUUAGAUUUUAUACUCAACAGAUUAUGCAGGGUUUGAGUUACCUUCAUGUUAAUGGAGUGGCACAUUGUGACAUCAAGAGCCAAAACAUUUUGAUUGGAAAAGAAGGUGCAAAGAUUGCUGAUUUGGGGUGUGCUAAAUUGAUGAGAAAAGACUGUUUCGAUACGACGAUGAUUUCCGGUACACCGGCUUUCAUGGCGCCGGAGGUGGCACGCGGGGAGGAGCAGGGUUUUGAAGCUGAUAUAUGGGCUCUUGGAUGUACAAUUAUAGAGAUGAUUUCCGGGAAUUCACCGUGGCCAGAGCUGAAGGAUCCGGUAUCGGCGCUUUAUAAGAUCGGAUUUUCCGGUGAAGUACCGGAGAUUCCGAGAUGGUUAUCUGAGGAAGGAAAGGAUUUUCUAGGAAAGUGUUUGAAGAGGGAUUUAAAAGAGAGAUGGACAGCUAAAGAAUUGCUUCAACAUCCAUUUUUGGAAGAAUCGGAAACCCUUUUGAUGGAAGUGAUGGAAUCCACCAUGGAUUCUCCUAAUUCUGUGUUGGAUCAAGGUUUCUGGGAUUCACUUAACGUGAUGGAAUGUCCCAAGAAUCCGAUUUCCAUGAAUUCUCCAGCUGAUAGAAUCAAGAAAUUGCUUCAAUCAACUCUGCCACCACCCUCCAAUUGGACACUGAGUGAAGAAGAUUGGAUCACAGUUAGAAGCAGUGGCAUUGAACAACACAGUGAAUUUCAAUUCACAACUGUGUCAUCCAUUGAUUCAUUCGAAGAACAAAUCGAAACUGAAAGCUCGAUCUUCGAUGAAGAUUUCUUCUUAGACAGUUCUGCAGAAAACACCAUUGAUUUCACCACUAUUUUUGUAUUUGACAGUGUAACAGAUGAUAAAUUUGUAUCAGAUGAUCUCAAUUUUGAGAAAGUUAAUGAAAUUUCUUGUUCUAUUCCAAUGCUAAUUUCCCCCAAAUUUCCCAUAGUUUUAGAGAUCAGGCAGAGACCACCGGCCAGUAGCAUGCCUCCGGCUCCGGUGACUAACUUGUGUGAACAGAGGAGACUUAAGGGUUAG